AUGGCAUUGUUCCACCAGAGCUCCCCCCAUCUCAGCAAUCAGUUUAAGCUGUUUCCCGUCCGUUUAUCCGAGUUCUACAACCUCAACGUUACUGCCGACGACUACGAGAUUGACGAUGCGAUACAAGGUAAACAAGUGGGUUCAAGUUAGCUGUAAAAAAAUGAAAAAGUUUAUUUUUGUUUUUAUUUUGCAAAGUAACUUUGUUUACUGUGACAAGUUUGUUUUUAAAAGCGUUUUUUGAAUAGCAAAUAGAAUUGUCAAUAAUAUUAUAUAAUAGUAUAGAAAAUGAAAAACGAAAAAUUUGAAUAACAACUUCAUUUUAAACAUUUUAUUUUUGACAUUUUUAGUUUUUACGUACUUAGUUUUAUUAAGUUGUAUAAAAAGUAAUGAGCUAAACGAACUCUAUAUAAACUUUAAGACAUAGCUCAUUUAUUUUUAUACAUCUUAAUAAUAAAAUUAUACAACUUUAAGACAAUUUAAAUAAGUUGAAAGUCGUGUAAAAUUAGAUAAUAUUUCGAACUAAAAUUAGCAUAUUUAAAGGUCUAAUGAUACUGUAGUUUCAGGCAUAUCACUAGCCGCAUUCCUCCCUAUCCUGGUCAUUUUUAUCAUUGCUUUGGUACUGUUUAUUCUUGUAAAAUGUAAAAAAUGGAGACGACACAGAGACGAUGUAAGGCUCCGAAAUAUACCUGUUUUAUGAUAAUGUUACGGUGUAUUAUGUUAUAAUAGACCAUCAAAGCUCCUAAGUUGUUAAAUUAUUGAAUUAUAAACAUUAUAGCUAGUUUUCAAGAAUUAUAUACAUCUUUUUUUAUUAUUUUUAGUUUUCAAAACUACAAAAAGUUUACGAUGCACUGGAGAUUCUGGAUCUUCUUCACGAAAACGAUCAGCUUGAUCCAGAAUUAGUAAGUGUUUUGAGCAGUUUCGCGACUUUAAAUGUUUGCCAAAAAGUAAGCAAACGUAUUUUAGCUGUCCCAAAUCGACGAGGCAUUGGUCGGCGAUAACUACGAAGCCGGGAAUCAGAUGCUUCGGAAAGAAAAUGUGAUAAAAUACGAAUACAGCGUGCGACGCCCAACUUCUCUGCAUCUGGGCAAUAAGUCGUUGUACAAGAAUGGCAACAUCGUGUAG